GCAGUUGCCACAGGAAUUCUACUGGUGUUUAAUGGUAACAUAUAAGACGGUUCAUUCUCUCUGAAAUUUCUCUCAUCCAUCAAUCCAGCCAGCCAGUCAAACAGUAAAUAAUUUUAACACACAAAUAGCACUAAGCAACCGGGAAAGGUUAGGAUAUGUCUAUUUUGGUAUAUACAGUGAAGUACGGAUUUAAGUUGCUUUUAUCGGAUAGAUAACUAGGUACUCUUGCACCAUUCCCGAAUGUGCUGUCAUUUCCCCAUUACCAAAGAAGACCUCCUUGAUCAUAAACUGUGGACUAAUUUAUGUACAUCAGGGUUUGCCUCUGGGCUUUCUCUUCUGUUCCAGAGACCCGGCACCAGAAUAUUUAAAUCACUGUGGCGUUAAAUACGUUUUAAUAUCUGAUAGGGCCAGUUUCUGCGCAUUGCACUUUUUUUUUUUUUUUUUUCCUUUCAGGAACGAGUUCGGGCCCGCGGCAGGGGGCGGGGUCGCGCCUCCGCCGCGGCUCUGGUUCCAGCCAAGCCUCGCCGGUACAGAGAUGGAAAUCCCGAGGCUACUCCCGGCUCGCCGGACACCACAGGGCGGCGGCGGCCGUUGCCCCGCGGGCGGCGGUGGGGUCCACCGAGGCCCUGACCCGCCAGCCGGUCAGGCCCCGGCACGCCACCUCCUACUGCUCCGGGGGGCCCAAGAUGGCGGGCCCGGGCCGCGGAGCGAGGAGGCCCUCAGGGCCUCACGGGGCCUGGGCCCAAGCCCGUUGGCGCUGAGGCCGGAUCACCCGAGCGGCGGCGGCGGCGGCGGCGACGACUUCUUCCUAGUGCUGCUUGACCCGGUGGGUGGCGACGUGGAGACUGGGGUCACCGGUCGGGACGAAGGGCCCGUGUGGAGGGAGGAGACCGAGGCAGGCCUGGGACCCCAGGGGGAAGAGAGCAGCCUGAAGCCCGCGGGCCGCCCUGCGCUGAGCCCCCACUGCCCAUCCGCGGUCCCAGUCCCGGCCCCAGUCCCCGCCCCGGGCCCGGGCCCAGGCCCCGCCGCGGCCUUCUCAGGCACCAUCACUGUCCACAACCAGGAUCUGCUCCUACGCUUUGAGAACGGCGUCCUCACCCUGACCACGCCCCCGCUGCCGGUCUGGGAGCCAGGGGUCGCGCCUUUCCAUCAGGCUGGGGGUCUAAUCGCCCCGCCAGCCGGAUUCCCGCACCUGGCACAGCUGGGUGACUGCCCUGAGCUGCCGCCCGACCUCCUGCUGGCGGAGCCAGCGGAACCUGCGCCAGCCCCUGCGCCGGAGGAGGAGGCUGAGGGCCGGGCCUCGGCCCAGGGCCCCGGUGGGCCGCUGUGCCCUGGCCCAGGCGUGGUGUUGUACCUGUGCCCUGAGGCGCAGUGCGGACAAACCUUCACUAAGAAGCACCAGCUGAAGGUGCACCUGCUGACUCACAGCAGCAGCCAAGGCCAGCGGCCCUUCAAGUGCCCCCUGGGCGGCUGCGGCUGGACCUUCACGACAUCUUACAAGCUCAAGAGACACCUGCAGUCUCACGACAAACUGCGGCCAUUCAGCUGCCCAGUGGAAGGCUGUGGCAAGAGCUUCACCACCGUGUACAACCUCAAGGCGCACAUGAAGGGCCACGAGCAGGAGAACUCCUUCAAAUGCGAGGUGUGUGAGGAGAGCUUCCCCACGCAGGCCAAGCUCAGUGCCCACCAGCGCAGCCACUUCGAGCCAGAGAGACCCUACCAGUGUGCGUUUUCCGGCUGCAAAAAGACAUUUAUCACAGUGAGUGCCCUGUUUUCCCAUAACCGCGCCCAUUUCAGGGAACAGGAACUCUUUGCCUGCUCUUUCCCUGGCUGCAGCAAACAGUAUGACAAGGCCUGUAGGCUGAAAAUUCACCUGCGGAGCCACACGGGUGAGAGACCUUUCCUGUGUGACUUUGACGGCUGUGGCUGGAACUUCACCAGCAUGUCUAAACUCUUAAGGCACAAAAGGAAGCACGAGGAUGACCGGAGGUUCACGUGCCCUGUAGAAGGCUGUGGGAAAUCUUUCACGAGGGCUGAACAUCUGAAAGGCCACAGCAUAACCCACCUGGGCACAAAACCUUUUGUGUGUCCCGUGGAAGGCUGCUGUGCCAGGUUCUCCGCUCGAAGUAGUCUCUACAUUCACUCCAAGAAACACCUGCAGGAUGUGGACACUUGGAAAAGCCGUUGCCCUGUCUCCACCUGCAAUAAACUCUUCACAUCCAAGCACAGCAUGAAGACCCACAUGGCUAAAAGGCACAACCUGGGCCAUGAUCUAUUAGCUCAACUAGAAGCUGCAAAUUCCCUUACGCCCAGCAGUGAACUUACCAGCCAGGGACAGAACGAUCUCAGUGAGGCAGAGAUUGUGUCGCCCUUCUCCGACGUGCCUGGCAACAGUUCUGCUGCAGUGCUGGACACGGCAUUGGUGAAUUCUGGAAUCUUGACUAUUGAUGUCGCUUCGGUGAGCUCAACUCUGGCAGGGAACCUCCCAGCCAGUAAUAGUAACCCCUUAGGGCAGGCUGUGGACCCUCGGGCCUUGAUGGCCACCAGUGACCUUCCUCAAAGUCUGGAUACCUCUCUCUUUUUUGGAACAACAGCCGCUGGCCUUCAGCAGGGCCCCUUAGAUAUGGAUGAUGUCUCCAGUGUAAGUGUGGGGCCAUUGAGAUCUCUAGGCUCUUUGGCUAUGAAAAACUCCAGUCCAGAGCCCCAGCCCCAGGCUUUGACACCCAGCAAUAAGCUAACAGUGGACACAGAAGCUCUGACUCCUUCGAGUACCCUUUGUGAAAACAGUGUCUCAGAACUACUGACACCAACCAAAGCGGAUUGGAAUGUACACCCCGACUCUGACUUCUUUGGACAGGAGGAAGAAACCCAGUUUGGUUUCUCCAAUCCAGCAAGAAACCAUGGUUCUCAGAAAGAAACAGAUCUUAUCACAGUGACCGGCAGGUCAUUUUUGGUAUGAACCAACUCUUAUUUGUUAUUUAUUAUAUGUGGCUUAUUUUUCUUUCACUCAAUUUUGAGGGUACUCGGUACUGAAUGCUUAAACGCAGUCACUUCCUACUGGUUUGCAAAAGAACACAUCCCUGGACUACAAGUUUGGAGAUUUAAAUUCUGAUCUUGAGUCUGGAAAUGGCACGUUCUGUGACCCUGAACAAGUCAAUUAACCUGUCUGAGCCUUAAUUUCUUUAUGUAUAAAAUGAAGUAGUUUGAAUAGAUUGUUUCUAAGGUCUUUUCUGCUCUAUAUUUUCAGGAUAUUUUUGUGUUUCUGGAAAAACAGGAGUAGUUUUUCAAUGAUUAGUCAUUGCAUAAGCUUCUCAUGUAAUGAAAAGUCCUUUGAUCACUUUGAACAUUAAAAGAUCAGAGAUGGAGGAGGUGGUGUUUCACUUUAAAAAUUUAAUCAAUGUUUUGCACAGUGACCAAAUAUUUGUAAAAUGUAUUAAUAGACUUCAAAAAAAGUAAAAACAUUUUUGUUUCAUUCUAACCUCCCUUUUUUUUUAUUGGAGGAUGUAUUGUUUUUCUGGAACAUCCUGGAGUUUUGUUAUGAUUCAAAUCCAGACUAGAAUAUUGCCUUUAUGGUAUUCAAUAAAUGGUUUUAAAGAAGUGUUUAGUCUUUUAGAUCUGUAAUUCCCUAGCUUUCAUAUAUAUAUGACUUUUUCUAUAAUAGUGUGUAGUGAAGGGAAAAUACUUUCUGUUUUGGCAUGUUUCAGCAAAUCAUUAAUUUUCCUUUCCUAGUUCCCUCUUCAAAGGGGAGAAAUUAGUAUAAUUUCUUAUCACACUUGUGCAGGCAAUAUAGAUUUGUACGGGUUAAGAAGAAAGGAAUGGAGUUAUUUCUUCCAUGGAUUUCUUAGGAUUUUUCUCUAUAUAAUUCUUAUGUGACAUUACCACCUGUCCAUUAUUCCAAUUUGCUAGUGUCUUUCUCUCUGUUCAAAGGUAGCUGUUGGCUUUCCUAUAGAUGCUACUGUUCCAUGAAAAUCUGGGAAUAGACCAGAAGGAAAUUUUCUCUCCCCUGUUCUGGAGAGCUUAUUGCUGGCCUCUCUGAAAUGAGAUGUUUUGUCUCCCUUUUGGCUAGAUAUGAUCUAUCUUGCAUAAGCAUAGCAUUUUAUAUUUUAUAUGGAAUUUUCUUACCCAUUAUAUUUGAUCAUCACAGUCCCGUGAUGUGGUUAUAUCAAUACAACUGAUAUUAAAAUUUACUUACGUCAUACUACAAAUGAGUUUCACUUAGUAACUAUUAAUUCCUUCUUUCUUAAUUUUCUCUCAGAUAGCACUUAAAUCAAGGAGGAAAUAUUUCUCCAUCAUGUAUUCCAGUCUUAAGAAUUUUGUGAUCAUUUUGUUUAUAACCUGUUGCUCUGUUCCACCUUAAUUUAUAUCUGUUACUGUCUGCCUGCUCUGCUUCUUCUCUACCCUCUUCCCUUGUAUGUACAUCUCCUUUCCUUUCUCCUUUCUCUUUCUUUUUUUUCUAUUUAUUUAUUUUUAAUUAGAUCGUUUUUAUGGUCACCAUGUUUCAGUCAUUCUGUUCUCAGUCCAUUUUUCAGUCACAGUAUUUAUGGCAAGUCUCUGUACAGUGAGAAAUAUUUUCUUGAUUCAGAUGACAAUAUAUGAAUCAGAUGGUAAUGUAUUAUUUUAUGCAAGGUUUUAGAGAGAAGUACUUUUACUUUUCUAAAAUUUUCCCCAUGUAAUUCGGCUAACAAAACCUAUUAGUUUUUUAAAACAAACCAAGUACUGUUUGCAUGUAGAUACUUGAGGACAAUUAUCACAGUACUUUGACAGUACACUUCAUAAUAAUCCACUUUGAAAUGUCUUUAUGUUUUCCAGUUGGUUGUACUUUUGCAGUGAAAAGCAAAGAUCUAUACAUAAACUUAUAAUUCAUAGAAAUAAUGGGAAUUUUGUCGUGUCCAAGCAAUUUAACAGUUUUCCCUCAGCACUUUGGAAAGAUUUGAAACUGUUUUAGAUAUGUGUUGUCAUUAGUUAAAAUAAUUAACAUCUCUUAAGAUUGUUCUUCUUUUCCUAUGCACAGGAGCUCAAAGACUGAGGUGAACAUAGAGGUCAUAGGCCUCAAUUACAAUAUAUAACUGUAAUAGUAUUUAAAAAUCUUUUAUUUUGUUUCUUUAAUCCCUCAGAUCAAUCCCCCCCCCAUUAAAAACUGUCAUAAGUUUUACUUUUGCCACAGUGUAUGGAAAUUUCAAAGGGUAAAUUUUACUUUUUUUGAAGAUAAACAUCUUGUAAUUAUCUUUAAGGUUUCUCUUUCAGUACCAUUUUCCUAGCAUGAUGGUGAAAAUGACACGUAAUUAUAGUCAAAAGUAUGGCUACAAAUAUAAUGGUUACAUUUCUGUUGGUGUUGGCAUAAAUUUGCCAGUUUUUUAGUGCAAUGACACAUGAUUUAAUUUUCUCAUUUGGCUUUUGUUCCUCUUCAGUCUUUGAUUUAUUAAUUUUUUUCCAAUUGAAAACAUAACAAAAUAUCUUUCAGGAAGGUUUGAUUCCAGGGCACUAUUAAGCAUAUUUAUUAUGAGUUAAAAUAUGUUAAUCUUGACGUUUUACCACUUAACUCAUUAUAGUGUUACAUAAUUGGAAGCCUUGAGUAGCAGAAGUGGAAGUUCGAGAAUAUGAGGAUCAUUUUUCUGGAUGAAAUGCUCCAUAUUCUCCAGGAACAAUGAAAAAGAGACCUUUACUAUAACAGGGUGUUUAGAUUAUUCCUUGAUUCCAAAUUAAGAAAUGAUUUUAUUCUCUGCUUGGCAAUAUUCAUAAUCCUUCAAUAAUUUUUGUAUCAAACAGAUCCAUUGGUGAUUUUGUAAUAUUUAAAAUCCAAUAUAAAAUGCAGGUCACUCAAAAUAUGUGAUUAUUGAAAUGUAAAGGUGAACUAAAAUGUAUGUAUGUAUUGCUUUUGAAAAAAAAAGUUUGCUUAGAAACCUUUUAAAGCAAAUUAUGCCUUGUUGGUUUAAAGAACAUGUCUAAGUACAAACUAGUAUAAAUACAAAGCACUCAAAUAAAUUUUAUAUAUUUUUCAAGUGUAAA